AGCAUCAUCGGGGUGAAGGCGCCACCGGCAGACAUCAGUGACAUCAUCCACUCCACGGAAAAGGGUGACUGGAACAAGCUCUGCAUCCUUGACAUGUUCCUGGGCUGCAUCGCCAAAGCACUCACCGUGCAGCUCAAAGCCAAAGGCACCACCAUCUCUGGCACGGCCGGCAUGGCUGCGGGAAAAGGGGUCACUACCGUCACCCUGCCUAUGAUCUUCAACUCCAGCUACAUUCGCAGAGGUGAGAGCCACUGGUGGAUGAAGGGGUCGACUCCUCCUCAGAUAGCAGAGAUCAUCAUAAAGCUGGUUAAAGACAUGGCAGCUGGACACCUUUCGGAUGCUUGGUCCAGAGUCACCAAAAAUGCAAUAGCUGAGACCAUCAUAGCGCUGACCAAAAUGGAGGAGGAGCAUCGGUCGCCUGUACGCUGUAUCGCCACAACAAGGCUGUGGCUGGCUUUAGCUUCACUGUGCGUGCUGGAUCAGGACCACGUGGACAGGUUGUCAUCUGGACGCUGGAUGGGCAAAGAUGGGCAGCAGAAGCAGAUGCCCAUGUGUGACAACCACGAUGACGGGGAGACGGCAGCCAUCAUCCUGUGUAACAUGUGCGGCAACCUCUGCACCGACUGCGACCGCUUCCUCCACCUGCACCGCCGCACACGCUCCCACCAGAGACAGGUGUUUAAGGAGGAAGAGGAGGCCAUAAAGGUAGAUCUCCAUGAAGGCUGCGGGAGGACAAAACUUUUCUGGCUCAUGGCUCUGGCAGACUCCAAGACUAUGAAGGCCAUGGUGGAGUUCAGGGAGCACACAGGUAAACCAGCCUCCAGCAGCUCAGACGCCUGCAGGUUCUGUGGUACCAGAAAUGGAACUGAGCUGUCUGCGGUAGGCAGCGUCUGCUCAGACCCAGACUGUCAGGAGUAUGCUAAACUGGCGUGCAGUAAAACUCAUCCCUGUGGACACCCCUGUGGAGGAGUGAAGAACGAGGAGUCCUGCCUCCCAUGUCUGCACGGCUGCGACAAAAACACUGGCUGUCUGAAACAGGACGCAGAUGACAUGUGUAUGAUCUGCUUCACCGAGGCUCUCUCCGCUGCUCCUGCAGUUCAGCUGGACUGCACUCACGUGUUCCAUCUUCAGUGUACUCGUCGUGUUCUUGAGAACCGCUGGCUCGGCCGAAUCACAUUUGGGUUCAUGUUGUGUCCCAUUUGCAAGAACAAAAUCAAUCACUCGGUGAUAAAGGACCUGCUGGACCUCAAGGAGCUGUAUGAGGAUGUGAGGAGGAAGGCUCUGAUGAGGCUGGAGUAUGAGGGUCUGCACAAGAGCGAGGCAAUAACUACUCCAGGAGCUCGUUUCCAUAACGACCCUGCAGGCUUUGCCAUGAACAGAUAUGCAUACUAUGUCUGCUUCAAGUGCAAGAAGGCGUAUUUCGGGGGGGAGGCUCGCUGCGAUGCGGAGGCUGGACAGGGAGAUGACUACGACCCCAGUGAGCUGAUCUGUGGAGCGUGCUCAGACGUCUCCAGGGCUCAGAUGUGCUCAAAGCAUGGCACAGACUUCCUGGAGUAUAAAUGCCGGUACUGCUGUUCUGUGGCUGUUUUCUUCUGCUUUGGCACCACACACUUCUGCAACGCCUGCCACGAUGAUUUUCAGAGGAUGACCAGCGUCCCGAAGGAGGAGCUGCCCCAUUGUCCUGCAGGGCCCAAAGGCAAGCAGCUGGAGGGAACCGAGUGCCCUUUGCAUGUGGUUCACCCACCAACAGGGGAGGAGUUUGCCCUGGGCUGUGGGGUGUGCAGAAACGCCCACACCUUCUAAACAAAAAGACAAAGACUUAAACUGAAAACCAGUUCGUCUACUGUGAUUUCUGGCUGAUGCUGAAGCUCAGCGGUGAAAGCUUGGCUCUUGCAUUCGUCAAGUCUCCUGGACACUGGACCAGGUUUCUGCUCUCACGUCAAGAGUCCUCAGGUCUGCUCUUCUACCAACAUCAGUAUCCGGGCUCAGCUACGAACACGAGCUGUGGCUCCUUUUGGAUGCAGAGUAACCUGAAUUUAAAAAAAAAAAAAGAAACAAUAGAAAUUUAAAAAAAGAAGAAAAAAGAAAACUUGUGACGUGUUUGCAUGCGGCCGUUGUAUUCCCUCGGCUUCUAUAGACGUUGCACACCUCCUGAUCACUGACGUGUAACAUUGAAUAUGAAAUGAAUUUGCUUUAAGGCAACCGUGGCUCAGAGAGGGUUUAAAAAAAUAAGGAACAGGCCGUAUUUCCAGCUUCCUAACUAUACAUUUAAAAUAUUGUUGUAUGUAAACUUUUUCGUAAUCUUGUACAGUAUUCUCCACUGUCAAGUGCAUCAUGGGUUGACGGACAAAAAAAAAGAUACGUCGGUGGAUAAGACUGUUAAGAAUAUUAUGAUUGGGAGGAAAAUAGUGUACGAUUUAUCUAAUCCUGUAUAUAAUGAUACUAUUCAAAAAUAGCUGUAUUCCGAAGUUGCUACUCUUCACUUCAGUUUUGUUUGAUAUUCUGGGUUAUGUUUUGAGCCAGAACUUUUAAUGAAGUGCAAUACUGGGUGUGCCUCCUAUUUUGCAGCUGUUUAACCUAUGGAAUGUAUGUCAAUAAAGCCACUGUACAUUUUUAUACAGUAGACAGUCGUGAUUCCCCCUCUUCUAAAUGUCAGAUUUUUUUUUUCUGUUGUCUGGAAAUGAGAAGGAGGAGCCUGGCCUGCAGUGAAUGAAGGUGGAUGUAAAUUCUAUUAGCAGCUCUGUCAAAAUAGUACCAAAAUCUACAGUAAUACAAAAACAAACAGAAGACCUCACAGUGAGACUGAUUACAGCUGAAUGAUUGGAGGGGGCCAGUCUUCACACCAAAUAAAAUUUGUGCACCUGUAAUGCUUUUCCCUUGUAGGAGGCCGGGGGGGGAAGGGGUGUCAGAAAAACAGAGUGAUGGAAAAAAAGCAGCUGCUGUUAUAUAAAAAGCUUAAUACUUGUGAAUCUGCUCUGUAAUAUCUGUGGUGGAUGGAGUUGAAUGGUAAUAAACCAGGUUCUCUGUUUCGCAAAGUA